AUGUCCCCUCACACAGAACCAGACACCUUCAAAGGCUGGGUUGCCCACGAUGCCAAAAGCCCCCUAACAUACACAACUUAUACCCCAAAACCCUUUACGCCCACCGACGUUGAAAUCUCCAUAUCCCACUGCGGCAUCUGCGGCACCGACAUCCACACCCUCCGCUCAGGCUGGGGUCCCACCGACUACCCCUGUGUAGUCGGCCACGAGAUAAUCGGCACAGUGACACGCCUUGGCAGUGUCAUCGAAUCCGACUCCACCCCUCACGCAAUCCGUCUCGGCGAUCGCGUCGGCAUCGGCGCACAGAGCGGCGCCUGUCUCCGCGCAGACUGCGAAGCCUGUGCCGACGGCGAGGAAUCCUACUGCGCUCGCAUGACAGGUACAUACAACGGACGGUACAGCGAUAAGUCGAAGUCGUAUGGCGGGUUUGCCGAGAAAUGGCGCGGACCUGCGCAUUUCGUAUUCCGGAUUCCGGAUUCUCUUCCCUCGGCCGAGGCGGCGCCGUUGCUGUGUGCGGGUGUUACUGUUUUUGCACCGAUGAGAAAGUACGGGGUUGGGCCGGGGAAGACGGUGGGUAUUGUUGGAGUUGGGGGGCUGGGACAUUUGGCGAUUUUAUUUGCUAGGGCUCUUGGGGCGGAUCGUGUCGUUGCUAUUUCGCGGUCGUCUGGGAAGAAAGCCGAUGCUGUUGGGGGGCUUGGGGCUGAUGGGUUUAUUGCUACGGGUGAGGAGAAGGGGUGGGCGAAGAAAUACUCGCGUUCGCUUGAUGUUAUCUUGUGUACGGUUUCGGCACAUGAUAUGCCCUUUGCGCAGUAUUUGAGGUUGCUUAAGCGGGAUGGGACUUUUGUGCAGGUUGGAGUGCCCGAGGAUGCGUUGCCGCCGCUUAUGGCUUGGAGUCUUAUUCAGAAGGGUGUUAAGGUCACUGGGUCGAAUAUUGGUUCCCCGAGUGAUAUUCGAGCUAUGUUGGCUUUGGCUGCGGAGAAGAGGGUCUUGCCUUGGAUUCAGAAGAGGGAUAUGGUGGAUGUUAAUCAGGCGCUAGUUGAUAUGCAUGAGGGUAAGGCGAGAUAUCGGUAUGUGCUGCAAAAUGGGAAGAAGGCGAAGUUGUAG